AUGACGACAGCAAGCUUCUCCCACAUUGACACCAAUUCUUACACGGGCACGCCUUGGGCCAAAGUGGACGGCCCCGGGACGUCUUUCAGUCGUCUAUGGCACAAACGCUCUGUACACAAUCUUCGCGGUCGGGAACAUGAGUACAGCACCGACAACGCCGGUUUCGCCGUCUACCAAUACCCUGCUAAAGAGAAGCUGUUCACCGACGAUGCCGUGGUGCGGAACGAGUACUAUGCAGAAGUCGAGUCUCUACUCCGAGACAAGCUCCCUGGCAUCAAGAAGAUUGUAAUCUUCGACCACACCAUCAGGCGUAGAGAAAAGGACGCUCCUCGCCAACCUGUACAGCAAGUCCAUGUCGAUCAAACACCUGGUGCGGCAGAAGCACGCGUCCGCCGCCACUUGUCGCCAGAAGAGGCCGACCAGCUCGUUCAAGGCCGCUACCAGAUUAUCAACGUUUGGAGGCCAAUCCAGAACCCUGCCUCAGAUCACCCGCUCGCCGUUAUUGACUGGCGGACGACUUCUCCCGAGGAUUUCGUGGCCACCGACCUCAUGUACCCGAAGCGCACGGAUUCCCUGGACCUGGACGACCGCGGCAAAGAGAAACUGCCCGACCCAAACAGCUACACCUCCACAGAAGGGUACGAGGUCAAGGGCGAAACCAUGUCUGUGGCGCCUAAUGAAAAACACAAAUUUUACUACCAAAAGGAUAUGACGCCGGAUGAGGUCAUGCUCCUCAAAUGCUUUGAUAGCUACGGCGAUGGCAUGCCAAUGGGGAAAAAGGGCAUCGCAGUAAGAACACCACACACUGCUUUUGAGGACCCCGACACGCCUGCCUCGGCACCAGGAAGACAGAGUAUUGAAGUGCGAUGUCUGGUGUUCUACGAGUAGUUUGACAAUACUGUCAACAUAUCUAAGAG